AUGUCGACGGCAGGUAUAACAAUUAAUAACACUGCCUUGCCCAUACUAUUUACAAAUAACUCGCGGUCGUAUACCGAGGUUUUACGUAGCAAUGAUACACACGCGACUAUAACGACGGAGGAUUGGAAUGUGACAACACCGGUGUUUGACAGUCCAUACCCACCAAGCGGCUACACCGGGGAACGCAUAAUACUGGCAGCCAUUUUCACAAUUAUUCUUGUAUUCGGUAUUGUGUUCGGUAACACGCUCGUCUGUAUCGCGAUAUUGAGAGAACGCUCGCUGAAAGGCAUUCAGAACUGGUUCUUGUUGUCGCUUGCUGUCAGUGAUUUGAUGGUAGGCGUGUUGAUUAUACCUUUUGGUAUUACUAACGAGUUGAUGGGCUAUUGGAUUUUCGGCUUAUGGUGGUGUCAUAUAUGGCUCGUGAUGGACGUAAUGGCGUGCACAGCAUCUAUACUCAACCUUUGCCUCAUCAGCCUCGACCGCUACUGGUCCAUCACCCAGGCGCUGGAAUAUGCGAAACGUCGCACGCCGCGCCGUGCAGCAUUCAUGAUUGCAUCGGUGUGGAUUCUAUCGGGAAUAAUAUCAAUACCACCGCUGUUCGGUUGGCGGUCUGACGAACCAGCCGACCCCAUUUACCCGAUUUGCUUAUUAAGCGAAGAUACCGGAUAUAUAUUAUAUUCUACAAGUGGCUCGUUCUUUGUGCCGGCAUUCGUCAUGAUCGUCGUUUACAUCCGCAUUUGGUACGCCGCGAAACACAGAGCCCGGACGUCAUUGAGGAUGGGGAAAGUUGAAAAGAGAUCAAAACAUACGGACAAGACGAAAACUGAGAACAAUAAAAAUAAACAUGAAAUUCCAAUGAAAAGAAGGGACUAUCAGAAAAUAUCGGCGGAUGACGUUACGACCUCGAGCCCGUCCAGUCCUGGAAUAAGUACACGAGGCGGAAUAUCAGUCACUGACAUUGAACCUACCACGAUCACUACCAUAAAUGAGUACAACGAUAAAAACUCCACCAAUUCCUCGCAGAACAAAAAACUACCAAUGGUCCAGGUAUUACAGCUGAAGAAGUCGAAUCAGCAAACCAACCAUAACAUCAUAGCUAGAAGUCAUAACCUUGCUGCGGACACGGAGAGGCAGAAACGAAAAGUGGCACAGGCAAAGGAACGCAGAGCAACAUUCGUGUUGGGUGUCAUUAUGGGUACAUUUCUUUUAAUGUGGUACCCUUUUUUCCAACUGUAUGUUGUCUUUGCGCUUUGCAAAGUGUGCAAUAUUCCAGAGUUACUCUUCAAGUUUUUCUUUUGGGUCGGUUACUGCAACAGCGCACUGAACCCUGUCAUAUACACAAUUUUCAACCGCGACUUCAACCGAGCCUUCAGAAAAAUAGUACAAUGCAAGUGA